ACAUUUCAGGGUGGGAAGUCAAUUUGCAAUAAUAUAUUUUAAAUAGUAUAUAUACAUAUAUAUAUAUAUGCAAAAGAGAAGAUGUUACGAAAUCCCAGAAUCUUAAUUAAUUUUAAUAAGUUAUUUGGAAAACGAUUGUUCCACCGUGAGAAUUGUCUUGUGUACACAAAAAAUGUAACUGCCUUGAAGCAAGGAAAAAUUAUGGGCAAACUUUACGGUAAUCGUGUGCCAGGCAGUAAAAAAAGAUGGUUUCCUUCUACUGCUGAAUCGAUAGACUCUAUAUUCAAGAAUACACAAUUUGGAAAAUCGCAUACAGGUAGUAAGAUUAAUAUCAGGCGUAUGGCGGUAUUGAAUAAACUUUUUAUGGAGCAUAUAACUGAUCUAAUGGCUACUGGAGAGGUUUCCGAAACUGUAUUAGGCAAAAGUUUGCAAAUCUCCAGAGUGAAAAUAUCGCCUGAUUUUGGUUUUAUUAGUGUCUACUGGAUAACCACUGGCGAUAUGAUACGCGAUGCUACAUUGGAAAUGGAACUAAAACAAUGUAGCGGCAUACUAAGACAUCAACUGUCACAGCUUGAUCUAAUGGGUGUGGUGCCACGUAUUAAAUUUGUUAAAGAUAAACUUUGCAACAAUAUGUUUGAAGUAGAAGCUAUACUUAAAACCAUAGAUUUUGACAAAGAUGAUGACGAACAAGUACAAGAACACAAAAGUAUAAUAAAGCAAAGUUGGGAAGAGAAUUUUUAUUGCAUAAAAAGGGAAAAUGAAGUAAAUAGGGAAGAUUCCGCCAAAGAAGAUGCAACUGAAGAGACACUUCUACACUCGUGUAAUCCAAAUGUACCAACAAUGCGUCAUGACGUCUUUGGCCUGGAUCACAAAAACAUUAUGAUGAAAAUAUUGACAAAAAUGCGUAAAUCGAAAUACGCCUGGGAGUUGCAUCAGCAGCACGCCGGGAUAGGAAAAUGCGAGCAAAACGCUUCUAUAUCUGAAGAUAGCCGCAAAAAGAAAUUGCUUACCACAACAGUGGAUUCAGAAAAAUUUGAAGAGUUCCUGGCUAAACGACGAAAUGCAAAAAACACUCCUGAACGCAAGAAAUAUCGUUACGCAGAUCAAUGCAUUGAUUUCUCUAGCGACCAAAUGGAUGAUUACGCACUUUCAGUAAUGCCGGAGAAGCUAAGGAAACUGUACGAGGCCGAAGAUUAUUUACCGGAAGAUAUUGAAGAAGAGAAGAAAUGAUUUUUGAAAAUCUUCCC